AUGAUGAGAUAUUCUGUCAUACAGCAGCAAGACGACAGAACACUCUACAACAUCAAUGUGAUUUCCAGGGUUCUCAACCAUCAUUUGAUAUCAGUCUGGACAUGGCUAGAUCUUGAACUCAACUUCAGCACAAAGCUAGCGCGAUGGCCGAUGGGCUUCUAUUGGCAACCUGCAUUUACUACUGCCAUGUCUUUUGAUGGCACAACAUAUGGUCACCUGACUGACUACACUGUAGGAUCUUAUGACUCACAAUCAGGAUACCUCAAUGUCAUUCCUAGUCCUGGCGCACAUGGACCGUCUACGUCGCCAUCUAUUCCAUCAGAAGACUUGAUGCAACCCUUGGGAUCGACAUCCAACUUCUCUGAAGAGUUAAGCUGGCCUGCUAACAUGAAAAUAAUUGGGGAACAUGCUUCCCUUUGUCAGACAGUCUUAGCCAACCUACCUCUCGACAAUCCCUGGACAAACAUCAUACAGUGGUUCAAGAUAUGUGUUAUAGGAGGUCUAGUAGCGGGUAGGUAUGGACAUGCCAUGGAGGUAGUGAAGUUGCCAGGUGUCAGGCAUCAAUUCCUCACACAAUGUUUUCUGGAGGCGCUCUCUAGGAGUGGUAUGUCGUAUGAUGAUUGUAAAUCAGUAGAUUUGGAAUUGGUUUCAGGGACACGCUUCCAUUGGCACCAUUUAAGAGAACAGUACAAUCACAAACCCAAUAAUUUUGCUUCUGAUUGGCACAAAAUCAUCGGGCAUUGCUUGCAGCCAGGGCAACUUAUGGAUUUCUCUCUCGAUACACAACUUGUUUCUGAUUCUGCUGAUUACGACAUCAUUGGCGAAAUCAUCGGCCUUCAGAUGGCCAAAGAAAUCUGGCACCACAUAGUCUUACGACCAGUCGCAUCUAAUCCUUCCAUUAGCAUCGCUGAUGUCUAUUGGAAUCAAAUUCUGGACCAGCAGGGAGAUGUUUCCCUGGAAGCCAUCACAUUCAUUUUUUAUGAAUGGUGUCAGAAGGCCCUUAAUGUGACGCUGGACCGAACCACUGCUGCCAACAUUAUUCUGGUGUACAAACGUAUCCUGCGUCUGAAGGGCCCGCCUCUGGAUAAGAUUCAACAAGUAGCCAGAGAUCUUGGUUUUAUCAGAGAUAUCAAUGUUUAUGGUGUGGACAAAGAUGGACACUACAAGAGACAAACUCUAGGACCGAUCAUCAGAACUCCUGUUCGCAUCCAUACAUUUCAGGUUCAACACUUACAGGAGUUGAUACCCGCACAUUUCUUUCACCCAAACGCAUGA